CCUCGUUUUCAAGUAGUUGAAUGAAAGUAGGCCCGGCUGAUAUAAGGUCUUGUUACUGUGAUGUUUCGCGGUGGAUCUUGAUAGAAAUAAAGAGAUCUUAGCCCAAAAUAGCAUCAGGCGUAGAAGAAAAAUAUAUUCUGGAAACAAGAUAAAAUGCCAGGGAAAAUAUUGGUUCCUUUUGCACCUAAAGCAAGUAAACAAAUGGGCAUACCAGAAACACCGCUUUACAGUGGUAGUAAAUUCCAAGGACAUCAGAAGAGUAAAGGGAACCGUUACGACGUUGAAGUUGUAUUCCAGCAUGUUGACGAGGAAAAUGCAUUCUUAUGCGGAUACUUAAAAAUCAAAGACUUGACUGAGGAAUAUCCAACACUGAUGACAUACUUUGAUGGUGAAAUUAUUGGUGCUAAACAUCCAUUUCUGACAAGAAAAUGGGAUGCUGAUGAAGAUGUUGAUAGAAAGCAUUGGGGAAAAUUCCUAGCAUUUUACCAAUAUGCCAAGACAUUUAAUUCUGACAAGUUUGAUUAUGAGCAGUUAAAGAAGAUUGAUUUUGUUUUUAUGAGAUGGAAGGAGCAUUUCCUCGUCCCGGAUCAUACAAUCACAGACAUCCCUGGUGCAUCGUUUGCUGGUUUUUAUUAUAUAUGUUUCCAAAAGUCAACAGCAACAAUAGAAGGGUAUUACUACCAUCGCAAUUCUGAAUGGUUCCAGUCACUCAACCUGGUUCAUGUCCCAGACCACUGUCCUUCAGUUUUUCAGUUCCGGUGAAAUCCCAUCGAUUAUCAAAACAUGGUUAAGGGUUUUUACUGUUGAGCUAGCUUGCAUUGCAAGCUUAACACCCAGGAAAACUCAUUGAACAUCCUAGCACCGUCCUCGCAUUCAGCUCCCAACCAACCAUAUUAGAUGACUGCUCCAAGAAGAGAUCGUGGUUCUGAACUAUUAUAGUUUCAAUUCAGGGAUUUUCUUUGUGUGAUGACGAAAUUCCUUUUAAUAUAUUUAACAGCAAAGUGGGGCGAAAUUCAGCCUUUUAAUCCUUUUUUUAAACCAAUGUAAGUUGUGCUUUUGUAACGGCUCUUGGUUUUUGGAGGCUAAAAGAUAUGCUACAAUUCGCUAAGAAAGAUUGGCUUGUGUGUUACUGAUUAUAAUCAUAAGAACGAAUAACAUGAAGAGGUUCGCAAGUUUAUUUUCCUCGUUCAUUUGAGAGACAGCUUUUGUGGGCCAAGUUUUUCUCAGUUUAUUUUGUCUCUUUUGCACGAAACAAGGAUGGAUUGCUUGUAGAUAGAUUAGUUGACAAUUGUUUGAAUCUUUUUUCUCUCAUAUCAAACUGGUAACACCUUAUAUUUCUAAUUAGGAAUAUGUGUGUGUAAAUAAGUGCGUUUAAAAGCAUCAAGAGCUUGAAGUUUGGCUCUUAAAAUGCAGAUUGCAACGAUUCCUCGAAUAACUUGAUGUAGAUUGGCUUAAAGCUAACUUCUCACAAUUGUGAUGUGAGCCGAUUUCAUUAUGAUCGUGUUUUUUUCUUCAAAUUUCAUGAUGAUUUUCUUAAAAUCGUGUUUUACUGUCGAUGUGCAAGCUGCCUUGCAAGAAGUCGUAAUGUGCUUAAAGUAUUCGUUUAAUGUUCUCUGUAACUUUGUUUUUAUUAAUCAGAAUUGUCAAUCGAAGUUAAAUCUUA